GCUACUAUUGGUAGUAGUUUCAAAACACACUCGAUGUGUUGCGAGACGAGGAAAAGCACUGAUAGUUUUCAGAAUUUAAAAUAAUAAUAUUAAUUGUUUAUUAGGGUGAUAUAAAAUUUUUAAUAUGAGUAACUUCUACUCUCCUAUGAAAUGUAUAUCUUCCAAUGCGAGAGUUUUGACACCCAAGCCGCAGGUGCAGCAGCUAUUAGAUAUACGGCAAACGCAGAGCAAAGCUCGUAACAGUAUUAUGUGGUUUUUUAUUAACAGCGUGUUGCUUAGCAUUAUAGUCUUUGAUAUAUUCUACGGUGGAUUUGCGUACAAACCAGUUUACUGGAUUGAGUGGUGUUUAGCGUCGAUAUUUGCUUUGAACGCUUUGUAUCACAUCAUACAAUACACUUGGGCCACUUUAAGCUUGAAACCUAUUGCACUCAGUCCUAAACAAAGACCGCUUUUAGGAAUCAUGGAAGACGAUCCCCUGUUCAAGGAUGAAAUGCCUCAGAAGCAGACUACUCUGGAGCCAAGUCCUUCAUUAAAUUUAUCCUGUAUAAGUCUUGGUAGACGUUCGACGACUCUUGGGUCUCCAGUUCUAAGUGAUAUCAAGGAUUAUACAGCAUCAGUUCCAUUUCUUAAAUGCAGUAAUUUUGCACCUCCUAAAACAACAGUGUGUUCCAACGGAUCACUUAGUAGAUCUAUGAAUGUUUCUCUAAAUGACAGCCUGACAAAUGAAGAUCUUAUUCGAGAUGAAUGUGAACUUGAGAAUUAUCUGAAAGAGGUUGAACAGCAAAGAAAAUGUGUAUUAUCUACAACUGUCGAUCAACCCUCCAAUCUUUUAAGCUCAUUUUGGUCUCAUCCUGCUACUCGAAGCCCUGGUGAAGUGUCACCAUUGUUAAGACGAUGCGCUUAUCAACUUGCACCUACCAUAGAUAAAACAAAAGCAACCAGCCCUGCAGAGGAAGGAAGUUCUCCUAGAGGCACAUUUGGUGCACCAGAUGUAUGGAGAAAAUACAGAAUUGAUUCCAAUAAAGUGAACGAAUGGACUGCCAAUCUUCGAUUGUGGAUUAGCAAGACAAUUGUUGAACGUGUGGCUUUAGAAAUAGACAAUAUAUGUGCAACAUUAGUACGCCAUGGCUUGAGUGACUCGCAGCCGGGCCAUGUAGGUCUGGAUAGGCUCAGGAAACUCGCGCAAGCCCAAUUUCUGGUCUGCGUGAUUCCUACUCUGCCCACAUUGGUUCCCUUUCUGGAGCUCUGUAACAAUCAGGAGUAUCUCGUAAAGAGAAUAAAAAUACUCGCAAAGGGAGGUUCCAUGAGCGAAUUUAAAUGGAAUAGUGGUGGGUCUCACAAUGGUAAAGAGUGGGACUCGAGCUUGCCAACGGAUUCUGCAAUAAUAAUGCAUUUGAUUUCGACCUAUAUGGACACACAGUUGGAAGCACCCUUGGAUCAGCCGGACGCCCGGCCAUUUACAUCGAGAUACAUGGCGAGAUCUGGCAUGGAACUGCCACGAAACAAAGGUCCGAUAAUAGUUUGUCAAUCCAUAAAUCCACCGCACUACAGUCUGGCACUGUCUGGUGAUUCUUUGCCAAGCGAUUACGAGGAAGUACAACGGGGACGUAACAAUUUGUUCCACACACUCUUACUCUUUUUGUACAUAGUCAAGACUCGAGAUCAUGGCAUGUUAGGACGAGUUAAUGCAGGUUCGUCCGGAAUCAAUAUUCUGUGGGUGAUAGAUUGAAAUAAAAUGGAUUUUUUUUAUUUACUGUGGAAGUUAAAAAAACGAGAAGAUUAUGACCACUAUACAGUGGAAUCAAAUUUGCAUCUACAAGACUACAUUUGAUAUUUUAUUUGUAAUAUUUUUUACUGUUUGUACAUAUAGUAUUGAUUUAACAAACGCGAUUAAAUAAAACUGAAAUACUUAGCUUAAAAGAGUUAGUUACACUGAAUAACAGAAAGAAUAUCAUGAUUUCUCGUGACAAUUAUAGCUUGAAAACACCAAAUAUGAUUGAUCUCUAUCACAAA